CGUAACAGAGUUGCCAAUAUUAGAGCGGGCAGGUUGGUACAAGUGAUGGAUGCAACAAUGGUAAUUAGCCAGCAGUAACCUAUCAUUGACCCACUUCACUUGCUCGGGGACCUCGUUGUCGAUGUUUCCUCCGUAAUUUCGUGGCGGCACACGAACAAAUCGUAAAUUAUGGUUGGCAAGACGGGCACUGAAGGUGAUGAUAGAUGGGAGCCGAGGUAUGGCAACGACAGUCGACCAUGGCUCCUUGGCUUCUCUGAGAGUCCGCAACCUUCGGUAACCACCACCACACGGGAGACCUUCACUGUUGACUGGCCCGCCAAGCCUCGUACAGAAGGGAUAAGGCGACAGCUGUUACGCAAGGCAUUGUGGGAGCAGACGAGGAGGGAGGUAGCCGAGGAGUUGGAGAGAACAGAUGCACCUCCUGUGACCACUACGGAGUACACGGAGACCUUCAUCAAGGAGGGCUUCACUGCUAAACCCAUCCAGACUGACCCAGAGCUGCAUCGCCGCUACCCCCUGUAUGGUGACUCAGGCCUCAGCGUGUGGAGUGAGCGGUUCCCAAGUCUGCCCGGUGCCACCCGAGCGCCACAAUCUGGGCACCAGUUCCGGCGCUAUGCUGGGUUCACCAAGCCUCUAGACGAGACCCUCGACGAUGACCCACAAGAGCCCAAGUGAACUGAAGAUUAAAUGUUAACUGCUGUGAUAAAUUAUCUCCUUGAAAAUAUUUUAAUUGAUCUGCUUCCUUACAAAAGCAAGUAUUAAUUGAUGACAGGUAUUACAUUAUUGUUCAAAUUUAUUGUGAUAAAAAUUAAAUUGUGUCAUUAAAAUGUAUUGUUCAGUAUAA